AGAAAAUGCAAGUGAGGCACUGUGGGAAAGGUUAUUCUAAUUGAUUCUCGUCUCAAACUGUCUGACGGCUUUUUGCACUUAUUCAGUGCUUAUUUCUCACCUACGUUAUUCAGCGGCUCUUCUUGUUAAAUCCAAAUUCCUAGUAAGUAUAUCUUUACUUUACCUACAUAUUCUUGGUGCUUAAUAGCAAAAGCCGGUGCUUGUCGAGCCGUUUUGCGGCUUUUUCCCUGGUAACCGUGUGACGUCACAGUCCCGAGUUAAAAUGAGUCAUUGUCUAGAUGUCAUGAUGCUAAUAAAAGCAGAGGUAUUCUAAAAUGGCCUGUAUAAGUUGAUUUUACGCCGCCAUUUUGAAUAAUUGUGAAGUUGAUAGUCUAAUCUCAUUGGUUCUAUCGUUGCUGCACUGCGCCUAUUUAUAGACGAACUAUUUACUUAUCGACGGUAGGAACUGCUGAAUUCCUCAGAAUCGAGAAUGAGUACCGAAAAGGAUGAUCUGGUCCAAAGGGCCAAACUCGCUGAACAAGCAGAAAGAUACGACGAUAUGGCUGCAGCCAUGAAAAAGGUAACGGAACUCGGAAUGGACCUGACUAAUGAGGAAAGAAAUCUCCUCUCGGUUGCCUACAAGAAUGUCGUUGGUGCGCGUCGCUCAUCGUGGAGAGUGAUUUCGAGCAUUGAAGCUAAAACUGAAGGCAGCAAGGCCAAGCAGGAAAUGGCGAAGCAAUACCGCGAAAAAGUCGAAGAAGAGCUUCGCGACAUCUGCAACGACGUCUUGGCCUUGUUGGAUAAGCACCUGAUAAGAAAAACCAAACCCGCAGAAAGUCAAGUGUUCUACUUGAAAAUGAAGGGAGAUUAUUACAGGUACCUAGCUGAAGUGAAUAAUCAGGGAAACAAGGAUGAAAAAUCGGAUAAGCAAGUGAUGAAUGAAGUGAUUGACAAUUCUCGUAGUGCUUACCAAGAUGCUUUUGACGUAGCUAGGAAGGAAAUGCAGCCUACUCACCCCAUCCGACUCGGCCUUGCAUUGAAUUUCUCAGUAUUCUAUUACGAGAUAUUGAACAGCCCAGAUAAAGCAUGUGAACUAGCGAAAAAGGCUUUUGAUGACGCUAUUGCCGAGUUGGAUACAUUGAACGAGGAUUCGUACAAGGAUAGUACAUUGAUCAUGCAAUUGUUGCGUGAUAACUUGACCCUGUGGACUUCUGAUACGAAUCAGGAGGACGGAGAUCAAGGAGAUGGUGGUGACAAUUAG